CUCUCUCUCUCUCUCUCUCUCUCUCUCUCUCUCUCUCUCUCUCUUUGUCUCUCUCUCUCUACCCAACUCACAUUAAUUCUUUGCUUCUACCUUUAAAUUCACGAGAUCCCCCAUUUCACUUUUUUCUCUUUACAUUGUAAAGAUUUCUCAGUUAAUCCACCAUUACACUUACAAAUAAGAGAAAAAACCAAAACCCAGUUCAAGAUUUGAGAGUUUAAGAUAUACACAUUGCUAAAUUUAUAGUAUUAAAAAAAAUGUCGCAUUCUGGAAAACCCAUAUCGGAAAUGGGUUUUGACUCAUUAGCUGAUCGGUUGAGAAACUCAUUACUGAGUAGUUGUAAUAUUAACGAAGAGAAAGAGGAGGAGAAGAACGAUAACAAGCCCGAUUUUCGAGAACUGGAUCUGGGUUCACCCGUUUCACCAUUGAUGACCCGAACGAGUCGACUCAGUACCUCUACCACUACUACUACUACCACCACUACAAGUAGUAGAUCUAGCUCAUCAUCUGGAUCCGGGUCGGGUCGAAAUGUGUUAUGUUCGGGUCCUAGAAGGUCAGAUUCGAGUCAUUCCGGUGAACUUUCGGGUUCGGGUUCAGUUGAGAGCUCGCCUACAGCACGUGGGCUCAAACCGGGUCAUGGGCGGUCCGAUUCGGGAAAUACACAUCCGUUAAUUUACUCCGGCGGAUGCUCCGUCACUUCCCCUGUCGGUAAUGCGCUUCCGGCCGGCAAUAUUUGCCCGUCCGGUAAGAUUUUGAAAACCGGCAUGGCUUGUAAAUCCACAAAGACUGAUGUUUUAGGAACCGGAACGGCAAAUUACGGCCAUGGAAGCAUAAUGCGCGGCGGUGCGGGUCCAAAAUCCGCCGUCGAUGGUGGUUCUGGCCAUACUAUGAAUUCAAGAGGAUUUACUGUUGGUGAGACAGUAAAAAGAGGGAUUUUUACUAAUGAUUCAGAUGAGUUGAAAAGAAUAGGGAAUGAGAAUUACAAGAAGGGUAAUUUUAUUGAAGCUUUGAGUAUUUAUGAUAAAGCCAUUGCUAUUUCUCCGGGCAAUGCUGCAUUACAUUGUAACCGAGCUGCUGCGUUAAUGGCUUUGAAUCGGCUAGGGGAGGCAGUGAAGGAAUGUGAGGAAGCCAUUAGGCUGGAUCCAUCAUAUGUUAGAGCACACCAACGAUUAGGAUCUUUGUUACUUAGUUUAGGACAGGUUGAAAAUGCAAGGAGUCACUUUUUUUCCCUAGGUCAUAAGCCGGAUCAAGCUGAGUUGCAGAAGUUGCAAGCGGUGGAGAAACAUAUCAGCAAAUGCACUGACGCCCGGAGAGGUAGAGAUUGGAAAAGUACCUUAAGAGAAGCUGAGGCAGCAACUGCUUCUGGAGCUGAUGCAUCUCCUCAGCUAUUUGCAUGUAGAGCGGAAGCUUAUUUGAAGUUACACAAAUUGGAGGAUGCUGAAUUGUGCCUAUCAAAAACUAACAAGUUCGAACCAUCUGCUGUAGCUUGCCAGUCAAAUUUUUUUGGGAUGCUCUCCGAAGCAUACGUAUUCUUUGUUCAGGCUCAGAUUGAGAUGGCUCGGGGAAGGUUUGAAAAUGCACUGACUUCCGUUGAGAGAGCUGCACAAGCAGACCCUCGAAGUACUGAAGUUUCUGCUUUACUCAACAAUGUGAGGCUGGUGGGGCAAGCUCGUGGUCGCGGCAACAAUCUAUUUAAAUCUGAAAGAUAUACAGAAGCUUGUGCUGCUUAUGGGGAAGGGCUCAUGCGUGAUUCUUCAAAUUCGGUUCUCUACUGCAAUAGAGCAGCUUGCUGGUAUAAACUCGGGCAGUGGGAAAAAUCUCUGGAUGAUUGCAACCAAGCUCUCAUUAUCCAGCCAAAUUAUACUAAAGCUCUACUUCGACGAGCUGCCUCAAAUGCUAAGCUGGAAAGAUGGGCGGAAGCUGUGAGAGAUUACGAGGUUUUGAGGAGGGAACUUCCAUAUGACAAUGAGGUUGCGGAAUCAUUGUUCCAUGCCCAAGUUGCAUUAAAGAAGUCACGUGGAGAAGAUGUUUACAAUAUGAAAUUUGGUGGGGAGGUGGAGCUGGUUUCGGGUCUCCAGCAGUUCCGGGCUGCGAUUUCAUCAUCUGGUGCAUCUGUGGUCCAUUUUAAAGCGGCAUCCAACCUACAAUGCAAGCAGAUAUCCCCUUUCUUGGAUACCUUAUGCACCAAAUUCCCUUCAAUAAGUUUUCUCAAGGUGGAUGUGGAAGAGAGCCCAAUAAUCGCUACAGCAGAGAAUAUUAGAAUAGUACCUACAUUUAAGAUUUACAAAAAUGGUAGCCGCGUGAAGGAGAUGGUUUGCCCAAGUCCAGAGGUGUUGGAGUCAUCGGUGAGGCAUUACAGCAUUUAAGAGUGCAUUGCCAUUUUUCAUUGCGCUUCUUUGCCUAUUGCCUUGCAUUCUCUUGCAAUUCCAAUUGCCUGAUCACUCUGAAAACCGUCUCCACUCCCACAUAUAAGGAUUCCAUAUAUACAUGUGACAUAAUCAGAGCUACCACAAAAUGCUUUUAUGAGCCGAUUCAGCUGUGCCUAUUGUCCGCAGAGGGAAAAUUUAGUCUCCUUUUGUUAUCCUUAUUCAUUCAUUUAUUCCUCAUUUCUGUUCAACUUCUUUUCCCAUCUCCGGCAUUCUCUUCCAUUUGUAUUUUAAAAUUUUUAGCCUUGCCUCCCCUAGGAUAAUCCAUCUUCAGUCGUGAGAAGUAGUGAACAUGUAGAAUUGAUUUUUAGAGAGAAUAGAAGCGGCGGGCUGGAUGGUGUUAGAUGAGGAUCAUAAUGUGUACAUAUACGUUCAUACACACAAACCGUUGGAGGCCGAGGAAGGGAUAUUCGAUGUCUAGUGGGUAGUUAUUGGUUUAGUGAAAAAAGGAUGAAUAUGAUUAUGUUUCUUAGCUCAAGCAUUCUAUCAAUAAAAUUCCAUUUCUUUUCCCUCUCUGUCUUGUUAACAUUUAACUCAUUAAUGAUCUAUAAGUUGCAUUUCUAGUUUGAAUGCCUUCU